AUGAAAUCGGUACCAGGGGCUGUUGUGUUUCAAAUAUGCAUCCAAAACAGAUACAAACUCAACAAGAAAUACAGAAAAUGGCAGAACACAGACAACAGAGAAAACUCUUCAUCAACAGAAAGUCCGGCUGUCGCCAAACACAGUCUUGCUCUGCAAGCUCGUUUGGCAGCGGAGGCAGAAAACAAAGAUAACGAGGCAGAACAGACGAGGCAGUAUGGAAAACGGGUCAGAUACGGGGAGGUCGUACAGCUGAAGCAUAUAUUCACAGGGAAGUUUGUGCACAUGAGCACCACACAGACCAGUCAAAAGGAUAAAAACAAUAUGAAGGUGUCAUUACAUGAAUUCAAUGCCAAAAAUGCACAGUUCCGGAUCCUACCUCGGUACAAAGUUAAGUCGGAAGGGGAAGUGGUACAACUGUUUGACCAGAUUGUGUUUGAGAGUGUUAAGUCCCAUGGUCACUACUUCCAUGCCAGCGAAUCCUUCCAGAUUGACCACUUCACAUUCGGUUCUGAACUGAACCUUGGAGUGGAGAGAUCCAGUUUUACAUUGAUAGGAUGUUACCGUGAACAUGCUGACCAGGAGAGGUUUGUCAGGGGUGGGUCUGUGAUACGGCUGUUCCACAAAGAGUUGGAGGCCUACCUGGUGGCUGAGGGACUGUUUGACGACUGUAUUACAGAGGAUGUUCAUUUCCGUGUUCGAGUGAUUGACCAGCACCGGCCAAAGUCCCUGUCUGCGUCCACUUCGGGUAUAACGUACUGGCAGAUAGAGGCGGAGCACAGCAUACUGGAUGGUGAUGUGAUACGAUGGGAACAGCAGAUUCGCAUGCGACACCUGUUGACGAGACAGUACCUGUGUAUAGACUCCAAGAUGGAUGUAUCACUGGCCAACGACGCCAGCGACCCCCGAACAGUGUUCAGACUCCACUCAGUGCUGAAGGAGCGGGAUGAGAUACAGUUUGAGAGCUAUGCCAGGAUAGAACACAUGCUGACGGGAUGCUGGCUUCACGCUCUCAAAGAUGAGGACUAUGACCGGCGAGGGAUGGAGGAGAAUGGUGAGAGGUCGAUGCAAGGUCUUCGAUGGGAUACAGCAUCUGUUAGGAAGGUGUCGGCGAGCAGUGAGAGCAUGUAUGAUGAUGCCUACACAAUACAGGAAGUGGUUAGACUUGAUACCUCAAACUUCAACUUUGUGGCUGGAAUGGUGCCGUUCCUCUUUAAUCUCAUUCAAGAUCUGCAGUUGGCAACCCAGCUGAAUGCCAAGAAAACACAUGGUAUUAUUGUGGCCUUACAAGAGUUAAAGAACUUCAUGGUGCCUCAAGGACUGCCGGACAAAAACAGACAGAAGUUGAUGAGGAAUCUGAGGGUGAUAGACAUCCUGGUGAACCUGCUACAGUGUUGUCUGCGGGAGGGUGACGAGGAGAGUCACAUGAUCAGGAUCUUCAAGGAAGCGUAUGACGUCCUCCAUGCCUACAUGAUCGGCAAAAGUCGCAAAAAUGCUCUAUACUUCGCAAAGUACAUUGACUUCUUCCAAACUCAAUUCACCCAGAAGGGAGGUAUCGGCCUGAAUGUGGCUCAGAUGAUUGUUGAGCUGAUCCGAGACAAGCGCAAGAUAGUAGACAGAAUCACAAAGAAACACAUCGACACAUUCAUUCAACUUCUCAUCAAAAACCAUAACUAUAGAUUCCUUGACCUGCUGCAAGUGUUGUGUGUGUGUGAUGGGGUGGCCAUCCCCAACAAUCAGAGCUAUAUAGUGGAGCAGUGGCUUCGCAAGUACAAGGCUAGUGUAUAUAUGAUGGAUCGGGGACAAAAUAUCAACAAACGUCCAAACAUUGUGUAUGUGUCUACAGAUGGGGCCAAGAGCUGGGUACCCCUCAAUGUGUUUGUGGAUACGGAGGGACCCGAGUUUGUGGAGGAUGACUACAAGUUCCUGUUACACCAACUCGACCUGUUCAAGGCCUUGUGCUUUGGUCGUAACGACUUUUCUGGAUUUGUGAUCACGCGGGAGUAUGGUUACUUGACUUGGGAGGAUGCCUAUCUGUGUAUGACUGCAGAACAGCUCCCCGACAUCAUACGGGCAAAGUACUGUGAACUCAUCAUAGGUCUGUUUGUGGAUGUGGGGAACAACUACUCAGUACUGGACCAUCCCAAUAUCUGUUUUGUAUACGAGUAUGUCGGCUCCAAGGAUGCCAAGGUGGAGCACAGUCAAUAUGGAGAUGAAAUGGAACAUCGUUCAUCAGGGAAGGGUCAGGUUGUUAUGGACCUUGUGACCAUAUUUCCUGUACUGAGAGACUGGCUAGCGGAGUUCCUACGUCAGAACUGUCAGAUGACCGCCUCCGAUAUAGGUCACAACCUGCUAAUAGAACAGGUGUUACGGUUACUGCAACACCUGGUGAAGUUUGGGUACUACCUGGAUAUAGACGAUGUCAAACAGCUACUUACUCCACUCCUUAGUCUGCUGGAUGGUACACAUGAUGUGCCUUUCCCCAAGGACAAAGGCAAAGGCUAUACCAAGGAGUCUCAGAAGCUUGUGACACAGUACAGAAGUAAGGGCAGGUUUGACAGCAGUAAGGAGAAUGAAGCCAUUAUCAACGCCAAGUAUCGUGCCAUGGAGGUUUUAGACUUCCUACUCACAUUCCAACGGAACCUCAGGCUCAAAGCCUUUGUGACCAAGUUUAAGCAGUGCGAGCAGAACCUAGGCCAUCGCACGUUAGAACCUCUGAUGUACGAGAGCUUCAACCCACACGACCAAUCAAAUGUGACACAGUCCGGUUGUUUAUGCUGCUGCCCGCGGGAGACAGACAAAGUAAUGGAUCACUCAAACAUGGAUGAGAAGGUGGUGCGCCACCAAAAACAGGUGUUGAAGGAGCUCAAAGAGAUGGUUGGGUCCUCCUCCAUCUUUGAUAUAGAGAGCACCACCAGCGUCCUCAAGGACUUAUCCAUGUACAGUUAUGACAAGAUGGUGACAAAGUCACUGGAUAUACUCAACAAGCUCUAUUCAUCCCAGAGUGACAUGUUCCAGUUAGCUAGUAAGGCCCAAAUCUUACUCACACACGACUCGGCCAAAGUCCAUCGUGAGGUCCAGCGCAGUUUACCUGUCCUCCGUCGACUGGCCAAACAGAAGCUCAAUGACGAACAGGUCACAUUAACAGGAGAAAUUCUUGAUGAACUAGCAGGGUUCUGUCACCUACCAAAGAACCUUGAGGAACCCCACUUUAUGAACCAGAACAUCCUUGUCAGCCAUGGAGUGUUACCCGCCAUUUUGGAUAUAUUGUCUCAAGAGAUCGAUGCCAAACUUGUGGACCAACAAUACAAGGGGAUGAAGACGAUCUUUAAGAAGACACUUGACCUGUUAGCACUGAUCACGAGGGAGAACAGUGCUAUGCAGGAGGCCAUGUUUAAUCACCUAGACACUCUACUGGAGGUCCAGAUUGUCCCUUCCUGUCUCGCACUGGCUCUCAAAGAGCUGUUCAUUGCUAACCAGACCACAUGCCUGAAGGUUCACUCCAAACAGAUCCAGAAGAUUGUGCUGCUGGCGGCACAGUACCAGAGUGAGGCUCCAGAGUUCCUCGAACUCCUCAAAGUGCUUGUCAAAGUGGAAGGACUUGACCUGACCAUCAAACGUAAUCAGGCUCUAGUAAUGAAGUACAUCAUGCAGAAUUUCCGCAAGGCUGCCUACGUUCUUGACCAACCACGAGACAGCAGGGAGCAGAUUUUAACAAACAAGCGAGACCCAGGCCAUCUUGCCUACUUCAUUUGUCUGGUGGACCUGCUUUCAACUUGUGCUGAGGGAGAGAACAAAUUUAUUGAGUCCCUGUGUCAGACCAUCAUGCCAGUGGAGGAGAUCCUGUGGGUACUGAACCACCGGGACAUCGAUGGUAACCUCAAACAGCCCUUUGUCAAGUACAUGUUGUGGGUGUACCUUAAACCGGCCGGAAAUCUGGUGGAGAGUGGGGCGGCUGACCUACAGCAUGACAAAGAAAUGUGGAAUUUUGUAGCAUCUGCUGCAGACACCAUCAAACAAUUGUCAGAUACCAUAACAAAACACAGGGAUAGAGUAGCCCUAUUGCUCAAACAGCCUCCUGGCAAAAGUGCGGUGGCUGUUCCAGGAGACACCAAUGCGGGACUACAUGGCUGUGUAUUCUAUGUCCUGGAGGCUGUCCUCCCCUUUGUAGAGGUGUUUUACUCCAUGUUCUACUCGCCGGACAAAGAUCUGUAUCCCGGGGAGAUAGACACAACAGAAACCCUCGCUCAAGGGCUCUCAUCAUUCUGCGAGGUGGCGGGCCAGUUCCUCACCAGUCCUGUCCACAUGAAGGCCAUAGCGGCCUCCAUUACCAUCCUCAUCUCCGUGUCAACCACCAACAAAAGUCUAUAUAUCAGCGUGUUGGAAAGGUUUUCUACGGAGAUGAGACUUGGAGAUACCAAGAGUGCCGUGCGCAAGGGUAACAUGGAAUACUAUGCAGGAGAACUGGAGCUCAACGCCAAAUUCCACACGUUUGCCAAAAAUAACAACAUCAUUUAUCAGGGGUAUAACACAGUUGCUGCUCAAAUCAAGUACAAGAAAUCAAAACGAGAGUACACAGCCCAGGGUACCAAUGAGGAGCUGUUACUAGGCGAGGAGUUCCAGAGCCUUGUCAAGUGUUUUAUAGACGUCCACGAGAGGAAGCCUGCCAAGAGGUUCCUUCCAGCCAGGAUACUUCUAGAACAGUUGCAGAUAUCCCAGGAGUCUAUCCGUCAGGGCCUGGCCCAGACAGAGGAACUUGACAUCAAGUGUAUGCAGAUACUCCGCGCCAUCAUACACAACGAGGAGCGCAAACUUCCUGAGGACUGGGACACAUGUACCUCUGACCAAAAAAUCAAAAAACAGCUGGCGUACAUAAAGGAAGUCCAGAAUGCCCUCAAUGUCCACGGCUUUGUAGAGAAGGUGCUGCCCCAUGUGGCACGUCGGAGUGAUUUAAUCGCGCGUGAGGUCCUGGCCUUCAUGUCACUCAUGCUGUUUAACGCCAAUAGGGAUGUACAGAAAUCAAUGCUGGACUUCUUUCUGUCUACAAGAGAGGAAGUGUUCUUCAUGGCUGUACGAGACCGAAUGCAAAUCUCAACAAACUCCAUCAAGGAAAAAUUCUUAAUGGCGAGAAAAUGUCGGCGUUUACAAGGGCGAUCUCUGUUGGCCCAACAUCAGGCUCGCGUCAAAGAAGCCUUCAACAACAUGGGGUCAUUUAACGCCAGCUUGACUGUGGGACGCAAGGCACUACAGCUCAUUCAGGAUUAUGAACAACGGCUAAAAGAGGAGAAAAUGCAGGGAUGGAGUGCCUUAAGUCGAGCUAAAGAGCCUCCACAUGACCAAAAGAGACGAAGUAAAAAAAGAAAAAGUAAGCAACAAGAAAGCUUUAAAAAGAGCAAGAAGCUAGGGGUGAUUCCAAAUGGGCUCGCACACGACCACACUGUGAUACGUGACAACAGUCACGAGGCCUUACUGAAACCAGCCCCCGAUUCGCCGGACUUCACACCAGAGGUGGAGCUCACCAGUGUCAAUGUAGAGUCAAUGAAGACGGCGGAGAACAUGGUGAGCAACAUAGACGAGGGGGUUGUGGAUAUGCUGGAGUACAAGGACGACGGCUACAUAGAGCUGGUCCUCAAACUACUAGCCAGACUCUGUGACGGUCAACACUGCGGACUUCAGAACUACAUGCGAGAACAGCCAGACAAUGUGAAGUCGUUUAAUAUCGUAGGCGAGACCGCCCAGUUCCUCAAUGUUGUGUAUUCCACCAUCAACAGCAAAACCAUUGACCUCAUCAUCCAGGUCUUCAGUACACUCAACGAGUUCUGCUCCGGCAACCAGGAAAACAGAUUUGUAAUUUAUGACAGGAAAGUUGUGGACUAUAUCAACUUCAUCCUUAGGGCUGGGGAGUUGGCUGACUGUGAUCCAGAGAAAAUCCUUGACCUACGGCAGGCCAUUGCAUCCCUGGUGAUUGCCCUGAUAGAAGAGAAUGGUCCUGGCAAGUCACAGGUGGCUAAGCAAGGCAAAGCUGAUGAACUCAGGUACAUCCACAAGGAGGUGAAGGACACACUGGACAAGAACGCCCUGUACAGGUGUAUGACACAGUGCUUUGAAAUGCACCAAGCUGACAAACCUAAACUGGACGAUGUACUAAACAAUGGUCCUCCAGGAUCAACCAACUAUCUCAAGUCGGCCAAGUCCAUUGCUGCAUUUGGGGGAAACUUCAUCUCAGGAGUCAUGUCUGGUAAGAAGGAGAAUGCCAGUAUGAAGGAAAUGUUGAUGGAAGUUGGCUUCACAUUCUACCUCAUCCUAGCCAGAAUGAUCGACAUUGACCCUGCCAUGCCAGAGAGAGUGGACAUCUCUCCAGAACAGCGACGAGCCUUUGACUUCUACAAGAAAAAUUCCAUGUCUAUCGAGAUUGUCAAGGACAACAUUCUACAAAAGGUCAACUUCCGAGUGAAGAACAAGAACUAUCUACGCGAUGAAGUGAAGGAGAAACUUAAGUGGAAUGUGGAUCGAACUUCACCUAGUAACAAGAUCCGUGACCUCAUGAGUUGGACCAGAGACAUUAUGAAAGAUAUCAGUUAUCAACGUCGAAUACUUCACAACCCUAUAGCCAUGCUAUUCACCAAAGGAUGGUUGCUGUGGAACUAUGGGGCUACAUUCCUAAGCGUGGCUAUCAACCUGCUGAUGCUACUGACGUGGAACAACAAGGCGACAGAGGAGGACUACGCCAAGUUGGCUGAAUAUGGGUCAACGCAUGCACCCUUACCUGACGGCUCGCCUGGUAGUACACUCUCCCCCCCAAACUGGGAAGUGUUCAAGGACCCAGUGCCAAGGAUAUCCGGGAUCUCCCUGGACACCUACACGAUACUGAUGUAUGCCCUGGGAGGAACACACAACCUCUUCUCUCUCUUUGUUCUCAUCAGUUACUUCCUGUCCAAUCACCCUAGUCUUCCUACUUGCAAAGAGAUCACCGACGUUGUCAGGGGUGUGUUUGGGAAGAAGGAGAAAGUUGAUGAUUCAGGAGACCAAAAGAAGGAGGAGGGGUCCAAACUGGAGGUCAAGUUCUUCAGUUUUACAACGUUUUAUUAUGUGUUUUUCCUGGGGAUGUCUGUGAUGGGUACUCUCUUCCAUGGUUACUUUUUUGCAUUCCAUCUGCUGAACAUUGUCAACAACAAUCAACUUUUGAGUGGAGUUAUUAAAGCUGUUACGCAAAACGGUGUAUCUCUGCUGUGGGUGGCCAUCCUAGGGAUGAUUGUGAUAUAUAUCUACGCCUUGGUGGGGUUCGCCCUACUGCGAGAGUUCUUCACCCCAGGGGACUACCUGUACUGUACAAACCUCUGGCAAUGUACCAUCACAGUCAUGAGAUAUGGCCUUAUAGGGGACAUGUUUGAGACAAUCCACCAGACAGACCUGAGGAACUCAUUUGAGUAUUUCUGGCCCUUAGUUCUUUACCACGUAUCUUUCUUCAUCUUCAUCACAACCAUUGGUCUCAAUAUCAUCUUUGGUAUCAUUGUCGACACCUUCUCCGAACUCAGGGAUCUCAAGUGGAGGACAGAGUCCGACAUGAAGGACACAUGUUUUAUCUGUAGUAGAAAUAGCUACGACUUUGAACACACGGGAAAGGGUUUCGACCACCAUGUCAGAAAUGAACACAACAUGUGGGCGUAUGUGUUUUUUCUUAUUCACCUUGACGAUGUGAAGACCAGUGACUACACCGCCAUGGAACUGUACGUCAACAAGCUAAUGGAAGAGGAAAACUAUGACUUCUUCCCAAUGAACCGUGCCCUCUGUCUCUCCACCGUCGAUGUAGACUCUACGGAGUCGAAGAUUGACGAGCUAUUACAGCAGGUCACAACUAUUGCCAACAAACAGAAACAAGAGGAGGCUGACAAGAAGAGGAAGGUGGAGAAACUGAAGCAGAAACGUUGGCAGGAGAAACAUCGCCAGUUUAUGUUUGGUAUAUCUACAGAGGACAUUCACCGUGAAGGCGACACCGACACCCUGCUGGGGGUCCCCUUGGGUCAGCCUAUGCGUCAGCGGUCCCGCCCCUCCAGUAUAGUGGAGGCACCCAUCACCAAUCGACCACCCCCAAGGCAGGGUAUAUCAGGCUUACAACCCUCAGCAGACCGGCCAGAUUUCAGCGAUCUUCCACCUCCUCCACCACCAAUAAUAAAAAAAACGGACAAUUUAGAGACAGUGCCAGAGAGUCUGUUUGCCCCAGGGAUGUCACUGGGACUGUCAGUGGACGGGCGGAGAAGGGUCCUAGGGGAUACAUCAGAGGAGGAGGACAGGGGGUCGGACUCGGACUCCAUGGACAGUCUGGAUGGUGAGUUCACCCUGGCACAGGAUGAUUCUCCAUCCCCUCCGAGCACACCACCUCGUGGCCCUCGUAACCGAGCUCUCUCUGUCCCCAUGGUGAGAACUCCAUCACAAGCUGAUGAUGAUGAUAGUGAAGGGGAUGGUACGCGAUGCUAAUAUACUGCUAUUGACCUCUGACCAGGUGGAUACAGCCUCUUUUGUGAACACCCAUUUUCAGAUAUCAACCUACCAGUCUUUCAUGGUUCAUUGAUAUUCUGUAUGCCCUAAUCUAGAUGAUUAGUUCAAAACUGAUCAUCACAUUAGUGUUUUCAUGGUAGUAACAGCAGAAGUGAUGAAGAAAACCUUUAUACAUGAGGUUGGGUGACUUCUCCUGGACUUUCGAAAAAGGCAGAUGCCCAUCCAGUGGAGAUUAUAACCAGCUGUGAAAAUAUUUCAUCACAAGAAGUGGUCAAAUUAAGGUGCCAUAUUUUGCCGAUUUUUUACAUGGUGAAACCAGUUCUCAGGUAGCUACUGCCAUGGUUGUGUUUUGAGUAUCUGUCUUCUCCCCUUCUGAAUCUCAAAAGUGUUGACACUGUAGCUAGUGUCCCUCCAUAGCUAACAGAACAAGGGUUUUAUGUAACUGGUGUUCCUCUGUAUUUAGCUUUCAACCAGUGUUCCUAUUUAGCUAUAUUUUCUUAGAGAUAGCACUAGUGUUCCCCUGUCUAAUGUUGCUAUCUAACUAGUGUUCCCCUGUGUCUAGUGUUCCCCUAUGUCCAGUGUUGCUAUGUAACUAGUGUUCCCCUGCAUCUAAGUCAAUUUGCAACUAAUGUUCCUGUUUUAACGAUCCUCUGAUAGCUAAGAUAGGAAGUGUUUCUAUGUAGUUUGUAGCUAGUGUACCUAUGUAUCAAAUGCUCCCUUGUAACUAGUUUUCCUCUGUAACUAGCAUUUACUUUUUUUGUAGUAAAUAUACAAAAGGAUUAGGUACAUGCAUUACCUAUAAAAGCCUUUUCCAGAUCGGAAAUUGUAGAUACAUACAUUUAUCCCUUUUCAAUCAUAAGUGUGACCUCUGACUCCUCCCAUCAUAGGUAUGACUUUUGACCCCUCCCAUCAUACAUGUACAUGUAGGUGUGACCUCUGACCCUUCCCAUCAUAGGAUCUUCUCCAUCACAGAUGUGACCUCUGACCCCUUUCAUAUAAACAUUACCUCAGCCUCUCGCUUUCUCAUCAUCGAUGUAAACUUUGACCCCUCUCCCGUGGUAGGUAUGACCUCUGACCCAUACUCUGUACCAGAUUGGUGAGGAGUAACCUUAAGACACAACCAGAUCAGUAUGCACCACUACAUGGAGAUGUUAGUACUACCGCUGUACAGUUUUAUGUCAUGCUAGCCUCAAGUGAUCAUGGGCUAAUUUUCCAAUUGCCUUAAAAUUGAAUCAUCAGAAUCGUGAUGUUCCAUAUUUCCAUUUUAAGAAAAGAAUGAUUUACUUUUUAAUUCAUGUUAUUUACAGAUACCAUAAUAUGUUAAUAUCCCAAUGACUGACAUUGGUGGACAAGUUUGUGAUGCUAGGAUACCGGUAUAGGAUACCAUUGUGUUGAUGACGUAUGUUCAUUGUUAUGUAGCUCAGAGUGAACUUGAUGUAUUGUUAUACCAACGUUGAUGGAAUUGAUGUAAACAUUAAUGUAAAUGUUCAUAUUUUCUUUAUCUGUUAUCUGCAUACUGAAGAAAAUAUCAAAUUUGGGUACGCGGAAGUGUAAUGUAGGUUCAUAAUCAUGACGGUUUUGAUUUGUGCAUGCAUUCAAAAUUGUGGUACAUGUAUACUUUUUAUCUUGUGAAUUCCUGGACAAAACAAGUGUUUAAUGCCUGUUUAUACACAGCUUUGGUUGACAUUACCUUUUCAUUAAAUAUGUUAGUUUGGAAAACCCAAGUAAAAAGGAAACACUUGACAGUAACGUCUACCUGCUGCAGUGAGGUGAUUGUUGAGUGGUGAGAGACGAUCAGUAGAUAGAUAUCCAUGUACUUACGUCCGUCCAGUCAUCUGUCCACAGGAUUUAUUGAUGCAAUUCAUACCGUAUGUUGACUUAUGUGUUGCCUUAAUAAGCAGUCGUAAGUGAAAUUUCUUGUAAAAUUCUAUUAUGCAAAAAAUCAUAUUUCAUAAAUGAAUGAGUGAAGAUCAUUGUUGUCGAUACCAAUGAUUGAAGCUUGUUAUCAAAAUAAUUCACAUCAGAAAUAAAACAUCCAAUUUAUCAGGAGGCCUAGGAUUAAAAGAUACUUUGUUGAUAAUUUUUUGCAUUUAAAAUCAAAGAAUCUCAUAAUUAUGAAGCAAUCUCAUACAGGGUGUUUUAUCUUUCUAGCACAACUAGACCCACAGCAAAGAGAGUUACUCACAGUCUCUAAAUAGAUAAAUAAAGGUAUCUAGAACUUCAUAUAAAUCAAUCUAUACCGUAAAUCACUGUAUACAGAGCCAAUUAUUUUAAAUAUAUAAAAAAAUAUUUAUAGAGGACAUUAUUUAAUAUAUAAACAGAGCAAAUCACUUAAUAUAUUUACAUGUUAUUAUAUAGAUUUAUAUAUGUAUAUUGUAUAUCUUCUGUGUGAUAAUUGGACCAGGGUCAGGAAAUGUGCAAUAUCGUAUAGAUAAUACGAUAAUUAUUGCAGUUUGAUAAAAUAAAACAUUUCAAGAUUAAUGUGAUUCAAACUAAACGUGAAAAAUGGAGGUUUUUUGCCGAGUACCUAGCUUGAAUAUUAUAGAGUACUAUCAUAGUCACUAUCUUGGCGUUAGCUUAUUUAUCAUACAGGUAACCUGUUUUCACCUGUAAUAUAUAAGUGAACAACGUCUUGUUCUUAGUUUUAACAAGGGGCAGGCUUAUUACUGAAAGUGAGCAUAUAGCACCAGUAACAUAUAGUAGUGUGCAUGAGAAAAGUUUUUCAAUCUAAGAAAGUGAAUACGCAGGACCUUUGAUUACGGCUUGAUGUCUGCGAGUUACAGCUUGAUGACUGCGAGUUCUUGUGAAAUAUCUUUGUAGUUCUGAUUUUCGCUAGAUUGAUAUUGGGUACAUAUAGUUACGUAGAUCAAACACACAAGGUACAUUUAUGUAUUGCUAAUGCCGUAUACAUAUUGAGUAAUUAACUCAACCAUUUGUUGCUUUCCACUACGAUACAUUUUAUACCACUGAUCUUCAUACUGUACAUUAUAAUCCAUCGUGACACCUGCAUAUACACAUUAUUAUCAGUGUACUUAAUCCAAUAUAUUUUUAUGACCGUGUAUAUAAUCAUAUGUCUCCCAUGGUUAAUAAACAUGUAUCAACUAUUAAUUGGAGAAUAAAGUUUAUAACUAAUGUUUGUUAUUGUUGUGUUCUGUUUAUCACAUUGAGGUCUUGAAGAAGCUAUACCAUCCUGUUUUAUAAAUGCAAUGUAUCAAAUAUUUUUUCAUCAUUCAAACAACUUCAUUUCUUAGUGAUUUUGAUCAAACUUGAUAUGGUUGUCAAGUUUAACACUCUGAAUGUGUUCACAUGUACAUGAAAAUGUUUAUCAUGUAAAAUAUUUCAGUUAUUUCAAGUACAUUCCCAUCUUGCAUCAGUGUGGGGGACCUUCACCUUUGACCUUACAGUAAAAUGUGAAGGUUCCCACGGAUACACAUUCAUGGUGUAAAUACUUUUGUAACAGAAGCGGAAAAAUGCACGGCCAGACCGGGGUUCGAAACCCGGAACCUUCCGAACUCUAGACGACACUCUACCAAUUGAGCUAUCUGGUCGCCAACGAUCGACCCAGUCCAGUUUCCGCUACAUUCCUGCCUCCUGUUUUUUAA